UCAAUCUGGGAUUUCCCACAUUAGGUCAUGUUUAUAAGCAACCUGGACUUAAAGCUCAGAGGGUAUAUAACAGUCAUUUCUGGUCAUAACCCACAAAGGGUGUACAUGUUAGGUAGCGCUUGACCUUUGGUGUACAUGUUACAGUGCAGUGAAGUCGUUCCUUGCACAGAACCCCGACCCGUCAUCUACACUGCAGGCACGGUACUCUUACUAACUGACAAGCGGUCAAAAAAGCAAAAGCACCUUCAAGGAUGAGGUUAAGCCUGGUGGUGCUCAUGGCCAUGACAUUAGCAGUCACGAUGACAUGUGCCUUCGAUCUCAAUCCCACCCUUCUCAAGACGGUGACGAGUGUUGUUAACAGUCUUGCCAACGAGGAGGGGCAGGUGACUGUUGCUGGGCGUGUCAUCAAGUACAAGGCAAAGGGGCGAGUACACAGUUUCAAAGAACCUUGGGUGUACGACGGUACUGCCUGGGACAUUUCCAGUGGGAUCAGCGAAAAGGCUAAGCAUUACAAAAGCAAGCAAGGAGCCAUUGAACACGCCAUGCUGAAACUACUUGAAAGACUGAAGAGAGACGGGAUCAUGAAAGACGAGCUGUGAUUGGCUCGACGUAAAUUGGGUUCAGUUCAUUAACCAACAAAAACACAUAAAAUAUUUUCCAAGAUCCACAUGAAAAUUUUGAGCAACUUUUACAUCUGUUUUCAUACAUCUAUCAGCAUCAAUAUAACCUUUUUUGGGUCAAGUUGAAUGUAACUUCUGCGGUCCUUUUUUUUAUUACAUUUCUGGCUUCUGUUUUCCCGAGAGGAAAUAUGUAAAGUAGAAGCUGAAAAUAAUUCAUUUAAAUAUUUUAUACAGUGAUGGUAAUCACGUAGAAUUAUUCUAUUAAAAAUAAUUCAAGAAGAAAUUCUGUUUCGAAUGGCGGAAUCUUGCAAAAGCAUCAUUGAAUGCGUUGACUCUUUCCUUUUCUUUCUUCCCGUAUAAUUAUACGGGAACUUUAUUGUCUGUUCACAUCAAAGACUGAAUAUCCCAUCACAUUGAUUCCUCAUUCCUUAUUACGUAAUUUGAAAAAAAAACAGUGAUGAAUUCCUGCUUGACAUUGUGUUUUUUCUUAUUUUUUAUAUACAAGAAAGAAUAAAAUUGAGGUUGGUUUGUCAGCUGAACAUCAU